AUGAGUAGCAUUUACCUUCCAUCAUGGACGGAACAGCAGAGCCUAUUCAAGUUGUCAUGUGCGGAUGCGGAAACGUGCAACCAGUUUUCUAGCAUGGAUACUCCCAUGUCUUCUUUGCAAAGGGCAGACUCUGAAGUGGCCGCAAAGAAAAUGGCCAUUCCACGGCUUGCUGAAGGCACAGAGUCGGCAUUUACCUCGCCUGGUAGAUUCCACCGUCGACAUGUCCGUCGAGCGUGCGAGUCAUGUCGACAGAGAAAGACUAAAUGUACUGGAGAUAAAUCCGGGUGCCGCAAUUGUCGCGAAGCCGGCAUUAUCUGCUGUUAUACAGAUGGCAAACGAGAGAAGUCCAAGAGGCAGCUCGCUAGCUUAUCAGCAAAAGUACAUGCUUACGAGGACGUCAUCAAAAGACUUAGCAGUCGACUUGGUGUCUCUGAUGAACAGCUUGUUAAUAUUGCAUUGACAGCGGGCGCUGCUCCUGAUAUUACGCUUAACGGUGAUGGAAAUGAAGCCGGAGAGCAAAAUGUCUUUUGGGACUCGGAGCCUCCACCAUCUCGUUCCUCGUCCACCACCCCUUUGGACCAAGUCGAUCAUACAGAGGAAGACUUUAAUAGAGAUGAGACCGCCCGUGCCACCGGAUUCAUUGGCAAGAGCUCCGAGAUAAACUGGCUCCAGAAGCUUAGCAAAGAGGUCAACAACGAAUGCGAGGCUUGGUCUGCAAGUAUGUCUAAUUCGGGCGACGACAAUGGCUUACCAUCGCCAACUUUGACGCCUCGACCGGAUAAUCCCGUCGAUCCUCUAAUGGCGUCUGCAAACUUCUACCUCGAUGACAUGGAUAUUCCCGGCAAAAGCCAAGUUGACGCCCAUGCCGUCCCUUCACGAGAGACAGCAACCCAGCUUCUUAAUGCUUAUCUUACCUCGGUGCAUCCGUCUUUCCCAAUCAUUGGUGUUUCUACCUUUGUCUCCCAGUUUCGGGUAUUUUUCAGUCAACCAACGUUAAAGCCCGGAGAUAAGUGGCUAGCUAUCCUCAAUCUAAUCUUUGCUGCUGCGGCAAAAUACGGACAAUUGACUGAUGCAGAGUGGAAGGAAGGGGAUGAUGCCCAUGAUCUGUAUUUUGCAAGGGCGAGAGCUCUGAGCUUGGAAAAUCAGCUCCUGCACCACCCCGAUUUACAGCAGUUACAGGUUGAAGGUCUUGCUUGCUUGUUCAUGAUGUCAUCCGGGCAUAUUAAUAGGGCGUGGAAACUGUGCGGAAGCGCUGUUCGAGGUGCAUUGGCACUUGGUCUACAUUUACGUAACGUUGGGUCCUGCACCUCUGAUACAUCCAAGGAGAUCCGAUAUCGCGUCUGGUGGUCUCUGUACAAUGUUGAUCAUCUUCUUUCCGUUAUGACUGGACGCCCGUCAUGCAUCAUCGAUAACUGCUGUACAACGCCUCUUCCUGUGCCCUUUGACGAAAGUGAAUUCCAGAGAGAUAAGGUCGCACAAAUGAUCAGCACCGCCGGACGGGCUACCUUAAGCCCUCUAGACCGGAUGUCUGCCAGUCAUAGUGCGGCCAGCCUGGAGUCCACCGCCGACAGAUACAAAAACGAGACACACAUGGAGACGAACACAAAGAUGAGCCGAGCAGAUUAUCUCAAGAGCCUACCGCCGUGUGUGUCGCUGCAUUUCUUGCAGUUGACAUCCCUCAACACCAUAGCCAAGAGGAUGACGAUGAAGCUUUACAGCCCCGAGGCGCUGCAGUCACCAUGGGCCAGCACCCAAUUCACAAUUCAGAGUCUCAUGCUCGAACUUGAUUCCUGGUUUAUGAACCUCCCUUCGGCUUACGAUUUUACCUCUACUCAGACAUCACAGUGCCCUCUUGGUCAACGAAUGGGCCUCGCCUUUCUAUUCUACAGUACUAAGAUUGGUAUUACCCGUCCUUGCCUUUGUCGACUCGACCCAUCGCCAGCCGAGGGCGAUAAAACCCACGAGUUUUGCAGCAAAACAGCUGCUGAGUGUGUCGAAUCCGCAUGCCACAUGCUUACACUGUUCCCGGACCCCCCUGACGCAGCACUCCUCCACCGCAUCUCUCCAUGGUGGUGCACACUUCACUAUUUGAUGCAAUCAGCUACCGUCUUACUACUGGAACUUGCUUACCGGGCUCAACAUGUCCCCGAAAAAGCAAUCAUGGUAUCAAAGGCAGCCAAAAAGGCCCUGGAUUGGCUGUCGACUUUAUCCAAAUCGAACCUGGCGUCCGAGCGGGCCUGGAAGCUCUGCAAUGGAUUCCUACUUCGACUGGUGCCCCAUGUCGGAAUUGAUGUGGAUGACUUCUCAGGAAGUGAUAAUGAGGAGUCAUCCGCUGCCUCUCUUCUCGAUGCAAGUGAUCUCAUGGACGCUGCUGCUCUUGCGGUGGAUCAAACGGUCGAGGACAUCGCAUUCGACCCGUCUGUGACUCUGCCAACUGAUCCUGUUUUAGCUGCUGCGGAGAUCGCUGCGGAGAUGGACUCCCUUGCAUGUUCCCCAAUAGAUCAGGCAAACACUCCACUUGCCAUGCCUGUGUCCUGUAACCUUGAGCCGGAUCUUAUGGAAUUCAUCAAGCCAGAGAAAUCAAUCUCUGGUCGGAGUCCCUACGAUAAUUACUUCCCUUAUGAUCCUGCAACCGGUCAGAUUACAGGCUCAUUCUUCCCGAGUGGGUCGAACCUGGACUUCGAUCUGGGAUAUACUUGGCCAGAUCCUGUUUGCUGA